AUCAGUUUCAAAACGAUCGAUUUGCUAAGUGCACGCCUCAGCGUAUCUCUAUAUACAUUGGAGCGUUGCACGAAUUAGCAAACUCAUCAGUUUUUGAGAAUCUUUGUAAGGAGUUUUUUCUUUUCAAUUUGUUUCUGGUGUUCAGUUCGCAUACACUGUUUCGUAAAAUCGUUUGAGCUAAUGAUUUUAUAAUCUGUCUUGACGAUUAGAGGUUAACACGUGAUAUCGCACUUUGUUUUUUUUACUAUCAAUUGAAAAUAAAACUAUUGUAAAUCAAUUGUAAAUCAUCAUGACUUCCGUACUACGCUCAAAAGCUCCAAGGCCCGCGCCCGAACAUGAGAUUCUUACAAAGCCUGUAAACUGCGCCUCGAAGCAAGGCACAUUGGGCACCAAGAUCCUGUGUAAAUCGAACUACUUCAAACUUACAAACAAGACCGAUUGGUGUUUGUAUAUGUACCGAGUCGAUUUCAGCCCCUGCGACGAUCGCACUAGAACAAAGAAGGCUUUAAUAAGAACGCACAAGGAUAAGCUCGGCGCUUAUAUUUUCGACGGUACCGUGUUGUAUACGAGUCAUCGUUUGCCGCAGCCUCUCGAGUUGACAUCGGAGUCUCCCUAUUCCGAUAUUGUUCCUGCGCAAGUAGUGCAAAUAAAAAUCCGUCUCGUUGGCGACUUGCCGAUUGGCGAUUAUCAUUAUUUGCAAUUCUUCAACAUCGUAGUUCGAAGAUGCUUGGAGCAUUUGAAAUUGCAAUUGGUCGGACGCGACUACUACGAUCCAAGCUGUGCGAUCGACGUAAGGGAGUACAAGCUGCAGCUCUGGCCAGGUUACAUCACCUCGAUUCGUCAGCACGAGAGAGACGUUAUGAUGUGCGUUGAGACCUCGUUCAAAGUAAUGAGGCAGCAAACCCUCUAUGAUCUCUUGACGGAGUGCAGGGAGAAAAAUCCUCGUGAUUUCAAGAACAUGUACGCCGAUCAAGUGUUGGGCAGCGUUGUAUUGACAGAUUACAACAAUAAAACCUACAAGAUCGACGACAUCGAUUGGGAAAAUAAUCCCAAGCACACUUUCACGAGCAAGGAUGACGAGAAGAUCAUCUACGCUGAUUAUUAUCGAAAUAAAUAUUCGAUCAAACUGCGAGACAUGGGACAACCGCUGCUCGUCUCCAGAUCCACUGCCCGAGAUCGUCGAGCUGGCCAAUCGGAACUGAUUUAUCUGAUUCCGGAAUUGUGCAGAAGCACCGGUCUCACCGAUACGAUGCGCAAGGACUUCAAGACCAUGCGCGCCCUGGCCGAGCACACCAGGCUGGUCCCGCAGACGCGCAUCGAGCGCCUGCUGCAGUUCAAUCGACGCCUGUCCACCAACAAGGACAUCUCCAACGAGUUCGACGAGUGGAACUUCAAGUUCGAGGACCACCUGACCGACGUGCCGGCGCGCAUCAUCGAGACCGAAAAGAUUCACUUCCACGGCAGGGCCAUCACGCCCAAGGUCUCGGGCGACUGGAACUUCGACGCCCAGGAGAACAAGAUGUUCGCCGUGUCCAAGCUCAACUCUUGGCACGUGAUCGUGCCGUCCAAGCACGUGGACGACGCCAAAACCUUCAUUCAAUCCAUCAUGAGCUCAGCCGCGGCCAUGAACUUCAAGAUCGAUCGGCCGAAGAUCGUGCGCACCGCCGGCGAUCGUACCGACGAGUACGUGCACGGCCUGCGCCACACCCUCGACAAGGAGACGCCCCAGCUGAUCCUGUGCAUCGUGCCCAACGUCAACGGCGAUCGUUACGCGGCCAUCAAGAAGGAGCUAUGCAUCACGGCGGCCUGCCCCAGUCAAGUUUUGCAGGCCAAGACGCUGCGACAGAAGAGUCAGGGCAUGAUGAAGUCCGUCAGCAGCAAGGUAGCGGUGCAGCUGAAUUGUAAGAUCGGCGGUCAUCCCUGGACCGUCGAGCUCAGCCACAAGGUGCCCAACAUGAUGGUCAUCGGAUUCGACGUGUGCCACGACAAAGCGAGCACCGACUACGGUGCCAUGGUCGCCUCGCUGGAUCCGCUGCACUACGGCAGCUACUACUCGGCCGUGACCCAGCACAGCAACGGCGAGGAGCUGUCCAACAAUAUCGCCGUGCACAUCAGUCACGCUCUGCACGAGUAUCGGCGCAAAAACAACUGCCUGCCCGAGCGCAUCCUCGUCUAUCGCGACGGCGUGGGCGAGGGCCAGCUGCGCUACGUAGCCGACCAUGAGGUCAGCCACAUCUACAAGCGCCUGGCCGGACUCUACGGAGGCGAGGAGAAGGUCAAGCUGACCUUCAUCAUCGUCACCAAGCGCAUCAACACGCGCAUCUUCCACAACGGCCGCAAUCCUCAGCCCGGCACCAUCGUCGACGACGUCAUCACGUCCCCGCUGAAGUUCGACUUCUUCCUCGUGUCGCAGAACGUGCGCCAGGGCACCGUCUCGCCCACCGCCUACAACAUCAUUCACAACUCGGGCAAUCUCAGCGCCAACGCCCUUCAGAAAAUCACCUACAAGUUCUGCCACAUGUACUUCAAUUUCAGCGGUACCGUGCGGGUGCCAGCGCCCUGCCAGUACGCCCAUAAGCUGGCCUUCUUCACGUCCCAAGCGCUGAGAACCCCGGCGCAUCAGGCUCUGCGAAAUACUUUAUACUUCUUGUAAUCUAUCUCGCAUCCCAUUUGUUACUUUUUUUUCUUUUAAAAUGUUAUAUAGAUCAAAUCUGUAAUUUUUUUUUUACAAAACAAGCAUUCAAAUUUUAUUUUUGCAACUUUGCGAAAGAAUCAAAUUUAGUUGGAACUAAUGAAAGUUCAUAAAUGUACUCUAAAUCGAGUAUAGAAUCAUAUCGUAUAAGCAAGCUAUAAAAUAAAUUAGAUUUAUUUUGCACAUGUAAGGAUAUACGGUGAUGUAAUAUCCAAAAAUGCCAAUUACUUGUUAAAGAUUAAGCAUCAAAAGUUUGUUAACAAUUUAACAAAGUAAUCUGUUAUAAAUUAAAAAAUUUAAUUUCCUAAUUUUUAAUGCUAAGUAAAUUAAGUAAUAUUAAGUAAUACCAGUAAUACUAUUGUAAUAGUAUUGGUAAUUAAUAAUAAGUUAAAUGAAUUUGUUAACCAAGAA